AUGCAGGUGGAAAGCACAAAGGGUUCAAGUGCAACACUCCCCUCCAAUGUACCUUCCUACAGGUCCAUGUCCUCCUCCCAUAAGGAUUUCCCCAGCAACCACACCAGCUUCUCAGAUGGGGCGCUUGCACAGAAUGUGCAAGAAGGUGUCAAACAUUGCAUCCUCUACCUCUCAGAGCAGUUGAGAGUGGAGAAGGCCAGUCGGGAUGGGAACACCGUGAGCUACCUGAAGCUGGUAUCCAAAGCUGACCGGCACCAGGCCCUGCACAUCCGGCAGGCCUUUGAGAAGGCGAACCAGCGAACCUCAGCCACUAUCGCCCAUAUCAAGCGAAAGCUCUACCAGUGCCACCGAAUGCUGAAGGAGCUGGAUGAAGGUUGCAUCCCCACGAGUUCAGUGCUGGAAGUGGGCACAGGCCUAGACAGCCAUAAGCAGGCUGCUGUAAAGGCCUCAUUGUUUAAGCUGCCCAGGCCAGGUGGGGAAGAUAGCCUGCCCACCACUGUUACCAAGCCAUCCACUCUGGAUAGUUGUGCAUCAGGCGUGCAGCAGAAGAAAUUCUCAGAGAAGAAGUAUGUGGCCCAGCAACAAAAGCAACUGUUACAGAAGAUGAAGGAAGAACUGACAGAAGCCAAGAAAGCCCAUGCUGACCUUCAGGUUUGCCACCAGAGCCUCAAGCAAAGGCAUGUGUCAGAUGUGCAGGAGAUACUCAAGUCCCUUCAAGAAAAGAAGAACAGACAAUUGGUGAUGGAAGAACAGGUGACUGACCACCUGCAGAGAUACCUGGAUGAGAUUUACCACCUCAAACAAUAUCUGGCCUGCACUGAAGAGAAAAUGGCCUAUUUGUCCUAUCAAAGAGCCAAGGAAAUAUGGGACGUAAUGGAGACUUUCAAGGGCAGAAUAUCCAAGUUAGAAACCCUACAGCAAACCACCCAGCUGGAGAUGAUGACCAACCUCAGAACCUGUCCCAAGGACUUUUUGUUUAGAUUCAUAAGCCUGCUCCUCACGCUGACCACCAUCCUCUUGGUCUUGGUCUCCACAUUGUGCUCCUGCCCCUUGGAGCUGGUUAACUCACGCCUACGAGCAUUCGUUAUGCUCAUACUGAUUGGCCUUGGAGUCUUGGCCUGGCAAAAGCAGCUCAUCAUCCCCAUCACGGACUGGAAAGCCUGGGGCUCCCUCAAGUGGAGACCAGACUUCAAGGACGCGAAUCUUCCACCAGAUGGACAUUGA